AUGGAGGCUCAUUUCCCAGUCAAAGAGGAGUGGUUGGCAGAUGGCGGGAAGGCCGCGCGCGCGCGCUUCCGGGCGCAGUUCGAGACCAUGUGCAAGGACUUCGACAGGGACGUCGUGCUGGAGACGAUGAAGCUGUCCCUCGAGCGGUACCCAACGCUCCACCCGAUGACUCUGCUCUUCCAGGAGGAGCUCAGGACCAUCGCGGCGGAGGCCAGCGGGGAGCCGGCCGAGCCCACGCGCACCACCCGGCGCACCCUCAUGGGCAAGUGGACGGCGGUGCACACCGACCUGCCGCCGCGCGAGCACUGCCUCGCGGUGCACGAGGAGCUCCAGCGGAUCGCCGCGGCCGCGAACCCGAAGUUCGGCGUCCUGCCGGGCCCAAAACACCCCCCCUUCCCCGCGCCGGACUUCUCGGUCGCCGAGUGCUCGCCGAUGUUCCUGGAGUGCACGCCGGUCAGCGACGACGCCGAUGUGGAGCCCCCGGAGGUCGUGCUGCGCUACGUGCGCGGGACGCUCAUCGUCGACCCGGACCAGCGGGGCAGCACGGCCGUCCUGGUGGUCGAACACGCGUCGGUGCUCGGGGACGCGCGCGCGCUGUUCGCGAAGGGCGCGACGCUGACGAUCAUGCAGCCCGCGCUGGCGGAGUUCGAAGCGAACGAGGUCCCGCACCCUGAGAUGCCAAACAUCAGCAAGCUGCACCUGAGCCUGGUCGCGGAGAACCCCAGGAAGGUGGUGUUCACGGACGGCCUGACGCCGCUGGACGCGGAGGGGUGGGUCGAGGAGGGCGACGACAUGAUGGCGAAGCAGCUCGUGCCGGAGGCGCCCCUGUUUUACGAGCUCGCGGUCAGGAGCGCAGACCCCCACCACCUGCUGUCGAGCACGAUGCUCAACAUGUCCGCGGCGUACCUCGCGACCGGCGAGCACCACGCCGCGCUCGCGAUGGCGCUCGCGGGCCACGCCGUCGACGCCGCCAACCCCAAGGCGUUCUUCCGCGCCGGCUGCGCCCUCGCGGAGAUGUCGCAGCACUGGGCGGCGCUCGCCGCGUUCGAACAGGCGCGCGACGCCGGCGCGGGCGCCGACGCCGACGUGCAGCGCCACAUCGAGCGCGCGCGGCAGGCGGCGGAGGGCACGACCCGCCCCGACGGCCCGUUCGCGCAGCUCGCCCUGCGUCAGGUCGUCGAGGGGUACAAACCGGGGGAUGUGUUGUUCGAGAAGCAGGACCGCGUUCCCCGCCCGGCGGCGCUGCGCUCCCCCGCGGCGCGGCUGGAGGCGAUGCGCAAGGCCAAGGAGGAGGGCAACGGGUACUAUCGCAUCAAGAAGUACAACGAGGCGUUGCGUGCGUACGGCGCAGUGCUGGCGAGCGCGAAGCCCGUUGCCGGCGCGCUGGGGAAGCUGUCGCGAUGCCGCGGCAUGCUGUCGCGCGAGCGCGACGACCUGCUGGCGGCCGCGCUCGCCGCGCUGGCGGGCAUGGCGAUCGACGCGACGUGCGAGAGCGCAAAGGUGCACUUCGUGCAGUGCCUGAUGCACCUCGACGGGUUCGCCAAGGCCGCGAAGGCCACGCCGGCGUACAAGGUGUUCCAGGCGGCGCGCCGCGAGCGCACGGCGCAGGCGGCGGCGGCGGCGGCGGCGGAGUCGGGCGCCAACGCGGCUCACGCUGCGAACGAGGACGCUGGCUCGCCGCAGACGAUCAAGAACUCGCCUGCGCCGUCCCCGGCAGCGGCCGACCGCGGCGGCAGCGACAGCGACAGCGACAUGCCCGGACUCGUCCCCUUCGACGACGCGCCGCCCUCGAGCGAGCGCAACGGCGCCGUGUCGGCAGCCAGCAGCGACAACGACAGCGACGUCGAGGUCAAAGCGUUCGACCCGCUCGGCCUGCUGUCCGAGGCCUCACCGAUGCAGUCUGCCCUGAAUGCGUUCAACGACAUCCUGGACGACAUGGCCGAGGCCAGGGCGUCGACAGCGCAUCGCGAGGGCCCGCAGACGACCGUCCGGGAGGAGGCGGAGCGCGCGACGGAAGCCGCUGCGGAGAAGGUGGCCGAGGUCGACGACGGCGCGGUGUCUGCCACCAGCAGCGACGAUGGGGCUGUGUCGGUCGCAAGCAGCGACGACGGCGCGGUGUCGGCUACCGGCAGCGACGAUGGGGCUGUGUCGGUCGCAAGCAGCGACGACGACAGCGAGGUCGAGGUCAAAGUGUCCGACAUAAUUGACCAGCUGUCCUCGGUGUCCCUGACUGACCUCCCCGCCGGUGCGCUCGACGGCGUGAUCGAGACCCUGACGACCAACAUCGAAACGGCGGAGCGCCAGACGAAAGAGUGCCGCCAGAUCCUGCGGAAGAUCGUCAGACAGGCGCACGCCGCGCGCCAGGCGCAGGCGCAGGCGUCCGGCGCGGCGGCGGCCGAGGAGGAGCAGGACGAGUCGCACUUGUUCAACUCUACGUUCGCGGACCGCCUGCCCGCGCUGCUGGCCACCCUGCGGCAGAAUAAGUCGGUGUUCCGCCAGUACGGAAUCCAGGGUGUGCUGCUCAACCUGCCCCGGAAGGACAUCGUGCGGUUCGACAAGGAGUUCGCAGCGGCGGGCCUGUGGCCCGAGGGCAUCGACAAGAAGACGUGGCAGGCGCGGAUCGCGGCGGCGUACAAGAUGCAGGGCAUGCAGGCGGUGCAUGAUGUCGGGGCGCUCGUCUGCCCCGGGAAGAUCGCGAGGGAGGCGAUCGCGCGGUUCCUGCCCGAGCGGAUCGGCGUCGCGGAAUUCGGCGACGAGCACCGGUGGUGGAUGGACAGCGCGACGCUGCCGGGGGACGUGCUGCACGAGCACCGCCGUGUGUCUGACGGGCGCGCCGUGGCCGCGCACGAGGGCCUGCCGGUGUUCGCGGCGUUCGUCGGCGCGCCCGCGGCGCUGGGCGCGGCCGAGGUGUGCGUGGCGGUCGGCGCGACGGACCUGACGUGGCUCGCAACGUCCCUGGUAGGGGGGGUGUCGCCAAACGCCGAGAAGGCCGGCGCGCUGCGGUACGUGGCGUUCGAGGACUCGGCGUACGCUGCGGCGAAGAUGAUGGUCAUCGCGGAGAUGCUCCGGCACGCCGCGGCGCGCCUGCUGCCGGGGGAGCGCGUCUCGGACGACGUCGUGCGCGCCGUCGUCGAGGCAUGGUGGAGCUCGUCGUGGACCCAGGACACGCACGACCGCUUCCAGCAAGCCGCCGCGGCCCUCAAGUUCUCCGACCUCGCGCAGGAGGAGGACGCGUCCGACGCGAACGCCGUCCACGGUGACGUCAGGCGCGUGAUGCAAUCCUGGCUGGUCGAGACCAUCAUCGACCGGCCGCAUGCGGAGGCGGAGGCGCACCGGGCGUUCCGCCAGACGCGGGAGUUCAGCUGCGCGAUGCCCGUGGGCGACUGGAAGUCGUCGCGCGACACCAACGCGCUCAUCCGUUACAUGCUGACGGGGGCGGUGUACGACGGUCCCGCGGCGCACGCCAGCGUGACGAUGUUCGGCGAGGACGAGCCGUCCAUGCCGGCCACGGCGACCUUCAUGCAGGCGCUGUCGAACGCGGAGCUCGCGGCCGCGUUCGAAGCCGUGGGCGACGACGCGAGCGUGGUCGAGGCGGCGCGGUGGGCCGUCGAGCGCAAGGUCAGGGCGCUGGUCGACGCGGUCGCGGACGGGACGGUCCGCGUCGACGUGCGCUACACCGGCGAGCUGGGCUGGGAUGCGUUGCAGAGGCUCGCGGACGACGUCGGGCGGAUGGGCCCAAGCGUAGUGGUGUGGGGCGACAGGGUGGCCGACUCGUUCGGGACGCUGGACUGGAAGGAAGUGCUGGACCGCUGCUCGCGGCCGCUGGGCACGAAGCACUUGAUCAACAGCGGCAAGUGGGCGAACCAGACGUACGGCACGCACAUGAUCGACUACCGCAAGCUGGGCACCCCGGAGCACCUUGCCAAGAUGAUCUACGAGGCACAGACGUGGAUCAAGCAGCAGUACAAGGGCGACUGGCGCGCUGCGCGCCUCGUCGCGCCCCCGGUAGACUGCAUGCGGGUGCUGACGCAGAGCCAGCUGACGAGCGUCUGGCACGAGGUCUUCGCCCGCGCGCACUGCGAGGAGGCGCUCGAUGUCCCGGAGGACAAGUGGGCGGUGGCGCAGCCGCCGGAGCACUCUGUGUUCCGCAGCUGUCACGCGCUGAUGACGAUGGAGGUGGAGUGGCGCAAGCCGGCGACGAAGGCGGCGAAGAAGAAGAAGAAGAAGAGGGGGACGAAGUGA